UCAAAAUAUCACGUGACUAGGUGGAAGCUACCUAAACUUUCAAAGAAUCUCGACUAAAAGUUCAUUCUGGUGUAAGUACGGUAUGUAGACAGCUUUUAUUGAAAUAAUAUAUAAGUUAACAUAAAUAACAUAUAUAUGAUGGUUAAGUUUGUUGAAGAAUGGUUUUAGUAAAUAAGAAAUUGCUUGAUUGUGUUUAAUUAAUCGUUUGCUAUUUAUUCUCUACUUAUCUAAUCUCUACUGUAUUUUUUGGUACUGUUUAAACAGCUUUGUACAUUCUCAGUCGUAAAUGUAUGACAUAUCGUAAUUUUGCUCGUAUUUACCAGUUUAUUGUAUUAUUUAAUUAUCCAUACAAGUCUCCUGUGGCCUAGUUAUAUUAAUAAAAAUAAAGUUCAUACCUUAUUUACCCUCUACUUUACCGAUCUUUGUAAUAUUGAUUAGAAUUAAGUUUAUGUCUGGCAGUCACUUUUAGUAUCUUGAGAUAAGUAAAGACUAAUUGGUGAUAAAUAGUUUAUUAUUAAAGCCUAAAUUAAUCUUGCAAAAAUGUCCGAGUGUUUUCGUUUUUCAAGUAUACACAGGUCUUUUGUAUGAAAUAUCAGGCCGUUGUCAACCGCUGAGCGAUCAUUCAGUCACAUUCAAUAACAUACGUCGUACUAGAUCAUCAUUCGGAUAGUAAUCAAAUUUUUUAUGCAGUAGCUUAUCAGCUAUUAAAAGUAUUUUAUUUCGUUUAAUCACUAACAAAAUUAUCAGCUGAUAAUUAAUGACCGCUAAUCGAAUACCUUUCUUCCUUUUCCUGGAGAAAAAACCUAAGGAUUUUAUUAUCCGAUUGGCGUCUAUUUAUAAAAAUGAUAAAAUGAAAAAAAAUUUUCACUUGUUUAUAUUUUUUUAACAGAAAUCACUAGUGUCAAACAUAUUUCAAUAAAAAAUUUUAUUUUUCCUGUGUUAAGUUGUAGAUAUAGUUUUAAUCUGGACAUAAUCUUCUUGUAACUUAGUUAUAAGCCACACUACUAUAGAUUAGUAAAGAAAAGUAAUUAAUAAUUUCUUCAGCUAUUGAAAUGGCGGACGAAAAUGCGAAUGAAAGUUCUACGUCGAAGGCUCUAGGCUUGAGGAUACAAAAGAAGCUCUUGGGAAAAAUGAGUUCAAAGAAGAUAGCUAAAACAUUCAUUGAUGACACUUCAGGAAGAGUUUUAGAUCGUUUAUAUUCUAUUGCUCUUGAGAGAUCAGGGAAAAAAGCAGCGGAUAAAGUGUUAAAGAACUGUAUUAAGAUUGCUGUCAAAUUAGCAAUUCUUCACCGAAAUGAUAUUCUCAGCAAAGGAGAUCUGCAAAAUUUAAAUGAGGUGAGAAGUAAAAUGAGAAAUUUAUGCAAAACGAUAAUAUCCUUCCAUGAUGUCGACUUUACAUACGAUUACAAGUUUAUGAAUCACACAUUAAAUGCUAUUUGUGUCAAAAUAACAGAUGUUUUAAAGAGACAUUUAACUGAUAAAUCUAUUCAAAGGGUUCAUCAUGUUUUCACGUUCUUUAUGGAUGAAGAAUUCAUGAAUGAAGUAUUCAAUUCUAGCUCGAAAUACAGAUCCCACUUGGAUAAGUUGGUGAUCGAACUAGAUUUACUCUUAGAAACAAAUAGUCUCUAAAAAAUACCUUGAACAAUAAAAAAGAAGGAAUGAACACGUUACGAGAUUUUCCAAUUUGAUAUUGUGUUUAUUUUUUCAAAUUACACAAGAAGUUUGUUUGCUAUGGCUUUUAAUGUAUUGCUUCAAGUUUUUAAGAACUUUUUUUGUUUUUAUAAAUUUUCUAAGUGUUGUACAUUCCCAAACUAUCUCAACAAGCAGAAUUUUAACUCUUUAAUUAUGUUCGUAAGAUAAAUUUGUUACUGAUUUUAUUGCUUUUAUUUGCAUGAAUUCUCAUUUAUACAUGUAAAACACUUAAGAGAGAGAUGGAGUCGAGUUUAUUUUAAAAUAUCUAAUGAUGACGCUAUAAAUUAUGCUUGUAAUUUGUCUUUUUAUUGAAUACAAUAUCUAAAAAUUUAUAUUUAAUAAAAGAUCCGGCUCGAUGAAGAGAACACAUUUU